AUGGCAUUAGAAGAAGAGGUGGUGGAACCAUUUUCAGGUUGGAGACUAUUUUUCGAUGGAACAGUCAAUUACAAAGGAUCAGUCAUUGGAGCCGUAUUGAUAUCGGAGAUAGGUCAACAUUAUCCGAUGGCCACAAAGCUCAACUUCAGGUGUACCAACAAUAUGGCAGAAUAUGAAGCAUGUAUCCUAGGCCUCAGGAUGGCACUGGAUAUGAACAUACAAGAAUUGUUGGUAAUCGGAGAUUUCGAUCUGCUCAUAAAUCAAGUAAAAGGGAAUUGGGCAACCAAAAAUGAUAAAAUACUCCCAUAUGUGAAUUUUCCACAAAGAUUGUGCGAAAGAUUCAAGAGUAUUGACUUCAGGCAUACGCCAAGGGCUCAAAACAAGUUCGCAAAUGCAUUAGCCACGAUAGCAUCCAUGAUCCAACAUCCUGAGAGCGCCCACAUUGAUCUGUUGGAGAUCACGUUGAAUAAAGAGCAGGCUCACUGCGCUUGUGUAGAGGCAGAGCUAGAUGGCCAACCAUGGUAUGUCGAUAUCAAGACCUACUUGGAAAAAGGGGAGUAUCCACCAGAGAGUUCAGCAAAUCAAAAGAAAACCAUCAGGAGAUUGGCAAAUUGCUUCUUCUUGAACAAGGAAGUGUUGUACAAAAGGACCCCUGAUCUUGGGUUUCUCAGAUGCGUGGGUGCCAAAAAGGCCACAAAACUACUGAAAGAAGUGCACGCAGGGGCAUGCGGACCCACAUGA